AUGGCUUCACAACUGUCCCCUGUCCACCCCUACUCAACUUACCAGUCCCCUGUCCACCCCUACUCAACCUACCAGUCCCCUGUCCACCCCUACUCAACUUACCAGUCCCCUGUCCACCCCUACUCAACUUACCAGUCCCCUGUCCACCCCUACUCAACUUACCAGUCCCCUGUCCACCCCUACUCAACUUACCAGUCCCCUGUCCACCCCUACUCAACUUACCAGUCCCCUGUCCACCCCUACUCAACUUACCAGUCCCCUGUCCACCCCUACUCAACUUACCAGACCCCUGUCCACCCCUACUCAACUUACCAGACCCCUGUCCACCCCUACUCAACUUACCAGACCCCUGUCCACCCCUACUCAACUUACCAGACCCCUGUCCACCCCUACUCAACUUACCAGACCCCUGUCCACCCCUACUCAACUUACCAGACCCCUGUCCACCCCUACUCAACUUACCAGACCCCUGUCCACCCCUACUCAACUUACCAGACCCCUGUCCACCCCUACUCAACUUACCAGACCCCUGUCCACCCCUACUCAACUUACCAGACCCCUGUCCACCCCUACUCAACUUACCAGUUCCCUGUAUCCUGA